GGAACAACUAAGUAAAGCAUAAAUGCACGCGGGUUUAUUCUCAGAAAAAUGUAAAAUCCUUAAUAUUGAUUCACUAAAAUAAUUAUGAGGAGCAGAGUUGAAGAAUGACUUCGGUAAGGAUUUUAAAGUUGUGAUAUAUUAUUUCUAUUGUUAUUGUUAUUUGAAAGAAGUAAGACUGUCCAUUUUAAGUUAGCUGUGUAUAUUACUUCACAUGCGAGUUCUUAUUAUUUUCCGAUAGAUAAAUUUUGAUGUUUAGGCGUUUGCUUCACGAAUCGAUUCAUGCUUCAUUUGGAAUGAUUUCUGGUUAUUUUCUGUUGUGUCGUUUAUUUGUUAUCGUUAUUAGUGCAUCAGUUACCAUUCUUGAUAUAGGGAAAAUGUGCCAAGUCAUGUUCAACAGAUAGGUGUGUGAUUCGAGUGUGUAGCUUUAGACGGCUUCAUGCCGGACGUUGGAUGUUGAUGGUGAAGUAGGAGCGAAGGCGCGGUGGUGGUGAAGGUAGUGCUAGAGCAGAGCCUGAAGACGGAUGCCUGCGGGCGCGGCAGGGGGGCGCGAGGUUCCCCGGGAGGCGAGGGUCGGCGACGCCGGCGGAGGCAAGUAAGUGCAGGAGGAGGAGGGCGUCGGGAGAGCGGCGCAGGAGCGGAGAGGGGCGAGGGGUUGACGCGUGUCUUGUGCUUGCAGGCGUCCGUGGCGAUGGCAGCGGCGGCGGCGGCAGCUGCGGCGGCGGCGGCGAUGGACGCGUCCCUGGGCGGCGUCGGGGGCGGCAGCGGCAGCGGCGGCGGCGCGGGCCUGGCCGACUUCCAGUGCCCCGCCUGCGGCCGCCGCUUCGCCCGCCACUGGCACCUGAAGCGGCACCUGGCCACGCACCUGACCGUCAAGCCGUUCAAGUGCCCCUACUGCCCGCACGCCGCCAACAUCAAGAACAACCUCAAGCUCCACAUCCGCAAGAUCCACCCGGGGGAGGCGCUGCCGGAGGAGCGGACGCGCCAGGACGUGUAGGCCUCCGGGAAGGGAGCGCCACUCGCCCCUCGGCCGCCCCCUCCUCCUACACAAAUUGUGAUAACGAUGAACACGAAGAAAAAGAAAGGAAGGUCACGGCCGGUCGCAGAGGGCGGAAGGGAGGGCUGCGGAAGCGUACAAAUCUCUUGAAAGAAUAGGAGAGUUAUGGAAACCGGAAAUUGUCUUUUGUUGCAUGGACGCUUUCAGAGUGUUGAAAAGUUAUCAAUGAUAUGCAAUAAAAACGAAAUGGGAAACAUUAACGUUUAACUAGUCAGGCCGUGUUGUGUGGCUCCUUUUGUGUAGGAAUUAUCGUUGCUUUUGGAAAACAGUUAGUUUUGACUUCACCCAAAAGUGAAUGCAUAUAGGGAUGAUACUGUACUCCAUGAAGAUACUUCUUUCUGUGUACAAGACUUAUUUCUCGAGUGACAGUGGGAAGUAUCUAAGCCUGGGAACAGUUUUGGGGAAGCAGCGAAAGACUAACGCAUGUGCCAUUUGGGAAAAAAGCCAAGAACGUGGGAAGGAAGGCCGGGGGCGGGCAAGGUAUGGCUUCAGGCAUGGCUUCCUGUCGAGGCUGUGAGAUCCUAAGCGGGGGAGCCCAGUGGCGGGAGAAAUCCUGGCGGACGUGCCUCCUGGCCUUGUAGGCGCCGAGGAUCGGAGAGGCGGCGGGGCUUGAGACGACCUAGUGACGAGACGACGUGUUUUCUGUG